UCUCUCUCUCUUCAUGGGAAACUCCAUAGCUUGCAUCUCUCAACAAAGAAAGAGCAGCAAAGCUCACAGCCAUGAAGACACCAAAGCAGCAGAGCAGAACUCACUGAAGAAUCUCCAGAUCUUGAAGAAGAAGUCUAAGUUGAGAAGCCUUUAUAGAGCAAAAAACAGAAGCAGCAGUAGCAGAGUUCUUCCAGCCAACAUUGUUGAUCAAGAGGAGACAGAGCAGAAGGAAGGAGUCAUGAGAGUGAAGAUGGUGCUUACGAAGAAGGAGCUUAAAGAGUUACUAUCCAUGCUUGGAAGCACAAGCAGCCAUGGCGGAAACGCAGAGCUAGAUCUAUUGGAAGAAGAUGAAGAAAGUGAGAGAAUAGCAUGGACGCCUUCUCUGCAAAGCAUUCCAGAGUCUGAAGACUACUUCGACUACUAAAAUGGUUAUUGAAUCACAAAGAUGCUCUGAUCAAAUUUUAAAAGAGAAUGAAUCUCAAAACUAUUGAAUUUAUUUGAGAUUAAUGUAAUAUAUGAAGAAUUAGGCUUAGUUUAGGACAGCUUUCUUAAUUCUUACUGCUUUGUAAAAUCACUUUUUG